AUGGAUUAUUUCAGGAAGAUGGACGUCAUCAACCUCACUGCCUUACCAAUGAUACAAGUGGAUGGAGACCUGACUGUCUCACCUGUUACUCGGACUGCAAUGGAGAAUGCUGUGAGGAAGGAGUUACAGGACAAUCCACCCUGUAUCCUUCUGGUGGUGUCGCCUACAAUCAGACCAGAUACACCUAACUCGAAUCACGCCAUAGAGGUCCUCGACGUUCACCCCAGCUCUCAACCUUUAGAUCACUACCUCAGGAAAGGCCUUGCCUACACCCUCAACCCCAAGACUAGUGUAGACCCGUUUCUGGGCAUGCUCCUGGUAUCCUGUCUCUCCCCACCAGUCUUCAAGAGAGAAAGAAAAUCGCAGUAUUCCUGCAAAGGCUCAGAAGACAGGAAUGCCAAAUCUUUCCUUAUAAAAAGGAAAACAGCAGAUAAAAAUCUGCUGGCGGAGCUGUACCAGCACCCCAAAUUUAACGACUCUAGGCCAAACAAGCUUCCAAAUGGGGUGGAAUUCUGUGACAUGGUGGGCAACGUAAUCCGGGCAGAGAGAAACCCCAUUAGUGGCAAGUCUUUCUGUUCAGGUAGAGAAUUAGAGAAGUUUCUCUCUUCUCCUUCUCUAAGAACCAUAUGGCUGGAUAGCUUCUGGUGGAUAUUUCAUGAAAGGUACAAGCCAAACAAGGAGAUCCAAAAUAAGCUGUUUGACAGGAUAGCCCGACACUACGCCUUCCUUUUGUUUCAUGGACCCAGGUCCCACUACGAAGAGGCGCUCUUAAAAAGGUUGCCAUCGCUCCUGAGCAAAGCCCUGUACACCAGCUUCUGUUGCUGCUUCCCACAGUCCUGGUUCAACACUCACGAAUUCAAGUCUGACAUCUGUAACACAGUGAGCCUGUGGAUUUCAGGCACAUAUCCUUGUCCACAGAGCUAUAAUAGCUGGGACUACUCAGAACUAGAUCCAGAGAGAUUCCGGAGAGAAGAAUUACUGUUACAGAGAAGAAAACUGAUAACAGGAAAAGAGUUUUCUUUCUUCACUUGUAAAAGAUCCUCCUUCCAGAAGCCAGCCCAGAGCAGGAAAUCCAGCCACUCUCAGGUGACAGUGAGGAAUAGUGCCAGGCAGCAUCAUUGUCACACCCUGGUCAUCAGGAAGGCUACACAACAAGUCAAGAGGAUAUCAGAAGCAAGAGAAUGUGUGAAAGUGUUUUCUAAACAGUCUUAUCCUGCCUGCAAAAUCCCUGCACUGACUUCAAACCUCUUCAACAUUUAUGGGAAGAGUCCUCUGAUUGUGUACUUCCUCCUGAAUUACUCCAGGCUGCAGCACCAUGGUGAGGACGUGCUGAUCACCAGGAGGGAAGAGACCAAGAGCAUCCCUGAGUCCACCCCGACGUAUGCUGACAUCAUCAGCCUGACUCUGAGCAACAUGAAGAAGCGAAAAGACCACCUCAGUCAGUUGUACCGGCUUCACCGGAGUGAAUGGAAUUAUUUUGAUAAGUACCUGAAGGAACUGCAAGACAACUUCUUCAGGGAGGUGAAAAAUAUUGAUCAAAAAAUGGCAGAUAAAAAAAAGUCAAGCCACACGUUCAUCCCACCUUCAACCUGCAAUGAAGAAUUCCUUGACAAGAGACCUAAGGAAGGAAAAGGAGGGGAAAAGAGAUGA